UAACAGUUACAGUUUAAGUGGUACCAGUGAGAUUAGUGUUUGGUCUGAUAACAGUAAUGACAAGAUAUUAGCAAUGGUUUAUGGCUUGCAACAGUUCGUUGGUUAUUCUUACACUGGAAACUUGGAAUUGAAACCAUCUGAAAGCUGUUUUCUACUCUGUCAAGCUAAUUAUGUAAUUGACGCUGCUACCUGUACUUGUGUAUGUCAAGGAAAUAAUUGCAGCGAAUCAAGCUAUACUACCCCAAAUAUUUCAGCUCUUGUAUCAUAUGUUGCUGUGUUGAAUGGCUCUAGUGUAACACUGAGAUGUGUGUUACAUCAUGCUGGGAAUCCUGGGGCUGCUAUUCAAUGGACAUAUGCUGGAUCAGUAAUUACUAAUGAUUCACUGUUUCUCAUAACUGAGGGCUCAACCAGGCUGGAUAUUACUAAUAUUACUACCUCUUAUUCUGGAGCAUAUCAUUGUAAUGCUUCUAAUGUUGUUGGAGCUUCAGUGGCUACUAUCAAUGUUGAUAUACAAGAGCCACCAUAUUUUAUAGUUACCCCACCAAACAAUUUAACACUACGAUAUAAUAAUACUAUUACGUUAAACUGUUCAUCUGGUGGAGUACCUUUACCAAAUAUCACUUGGUUCAAGGAUGGUAUAGUUAUACCUACUGAUCAGUAUACCAGUAGUAAUACAUCAGAUACAAUCAUUACUAUGCUCACUGUUGUGGGAUCUUUAAUUUCAGGUGGAAAUUAUACUUGUCAAGCAGUUAAUGAUCUAGUUGAGAGGAGAGUAGUAAAUACUACAGUGAAUGUUACUGUUUUUGAAUAUCUUGAUAUUGUACUUGAUGAUGACACUGAUUAUACUUUUACUUUGAACCAGUCCGAUACCUUUAUUAUUCAAUGUAGUUUCUCUGGUUUUCCUUUGCCAACAAUAGACUGGUUUUUCGGUACAUUUUCCAUGAACAGUACUGAAAAUUUUUUUAGUAACAGUAGUAGAGUCUCCAUUACCACUAGUAUUGAUAUUCAAGACAUUACUGUAACUUCAACGCUAACAGUGAAGAAUGUAGAUAAAGCAACUGAUGAAGGAAUGUAUAGUUGUACUUCCAGAGAUAUGUAUGUAAUAAUUUAUUCAUACAAAAUUUUAGACAUUGUUUGCAACAAUGACUGUGAAGCUGGUUAUACACUUGACAAUAGCACCUGUGCUUGUUCCCUGUCAAAUAUAUGUGAACUGGGUCCUUGUCAGAAUGGAGGUAGUUGUACACUAGUUUCAGCUCCUUCCAAUUACACCUGUGAUUGUACUGGUACUGGCUAUCAAGGAAUUAACUGCACCGACUCAAACUAUAUUGCCCCAAAUAUAUCAGCUCUUGUAUCAAAUGUUGCUGUGUUGAAUGGUUCUAGUGUAACACUGAGAUGUGUGUUACAUCAUGCUGGGAAUCCUGGGGCUGCUAUCCAAUGGACAUUUGCUGGAUCAGUAAUCACUAAUGAUUCACUGUUUCUUAUAACUGAGGACUCAACCAGGCUAGAUAUUACUAAUAUUACUACCUCUUAUUCUGGAGCAUAUCAUUGUAUUGCUUCUAAUGUUGCUGGAGCUUCAGUGGCUACUAUCAGUGUUGAUGUACAAGAGCCACCAUAUUUCAUAGUUACCCCACCAAACAGUAUAUUACUGCAAUAUAAUAAUACUAUUACAUUGAACUGUUCAUCUGGUGGAGUGCCUUUACCGAAUAUCACUUGGUUCAAGGAUGGUAUAGUUAUACCUACUGAUCAGUAUACUAGUAGUAAUACAUCAGAUACAAUCAUUACUAUGCUCACUGUUGUGGGAUCAUUAACUUCAGAUGGAAUUUAUACUUGUCAGGCAGUCAAUGAUCUAGUUGAGAGGAGAAUAGUAAACACUACAGUCAAUGUUACUGUUUUUGAACCUCUUAAUUCUGCUGGGAGUGAUCCUCCUCCCCUUGUAACUUUGAACCAGUCAGACACUUUUAUUGCUAAUUGUAGCUUCUCUGGCAUUCCCUUGCCUACUGUGUUCUGGUUUUUCAUUAGUAAUGACAGCAGAGUCUCCGUUACUACUGAUAUUCAAGGGAUUACUGUAACUUCAACUCUGACAGUAAAGAAUGUAGAUAAAGCAACUGAUGAAGGAGUUUAUGAAUGUACUGCCUUUCAACAAUUCGGUGGAUAUCAUUUAUCUUUUGUUUUAUACUUAAACAUUGUUUGUAACAAUAGCUGUGAAGCUGGCUAUACACUUGACAAUAGCACUUGUACUUGUUCACUAUCAAAUAUAUGUGAACUGGGUCCUUGUCAGAAUGGAGGUAGUUGUACACUUGUUUCAGCUCCUUCCAAUUACACCUGUGAUUGUACUGGUACUGGCUAUCAAGGAAUUAACUGCACCAACUUCCUUGGAAUACCUCCAAGCAUCACUGCUCCUAAACUAAACUAUUCUGUACUGAAUGGAUCCAGUGCUACAUUGACAUGCACACUGGAGAAUGUAGGCACACCAGUAGCUGCAAUAACAUGGAGAUUUAAUGGGAGUACUCUAAGUAACAGCUUCAAGUAUACUAUCACCAAUAGCACAUCUACUCUUCCUAAUACUGCUGGCUCAACCCAACUUGUUAUUAAUGAUGUGAUGGUAUCUGAUGCUGGUGUUUAUUACUGUCAAGCUAGUAAUGGAGGAGGAACAUCUGCUGCAGGAAUCACUCUUAAUGUACAAGUUCCUCCAUCAAUCAUAUCUACUUCAAAUGUGACACAAGUACAAUAUAAAACUGUUUUGACAUUGAACUGCACUGCUAGUGGUGUACCAAGACCAGUGGUCACUUGGUCAAAAGAUGGAGGGGAAUUACCUAAUGAACAAAUUUUAAAUAAAAUUCUGACUGAUAGUGUUUUAUCAAGUGCCUUCAGAUUUGAAGGGUCAUUAACAUCAACCGGACAAUACACCUGUACUGCAGUGAAUGAUUUAGUAGAAAGAAGAGUAGCCAGUGGAACUAUAAAUAUACUUACAUACGAGCCACUUCAGUUUAAUAAAGGACUUAUUGGAAACUAUUCCAUUCAAUCUGAGCCAUACACAGCAUAUUGUAACUUCACUGCUCUUCCUCAUCCUAAUGUAUUGUGGGCACGUGAUGGGAUUACUCUCUACAGCAAUACUGAUCUUUCUAUCACUACUGAUGUAGCAGGCAUAACUCUAUCAUCUACACUGACUAUUAGGAACUUGAACAAGAAAAAAGAUGAGGGGAAUUACACUUGUACUGCUACCAGCCUGCAAUAUAGUCAUACCUUUUCAGGGAAAUUGCAGAUUGAAGUUCCAGCAGUAGUGAGACCUGAUUCCAAUAGAUUCAGUGCUGUCAUUAAUACUACUUCGCAUAUUUCAUUUAGUAUUACCAAUCAGAAUGAUUUGAUCAGAAAUCACACCAUUCAAUGGAAUUUUAAAAGACUUGGUACUAAUACUUAUACUCCUCUCAACUCUGAGAUUUUUGAUACCUCUCGUUUAUCUGAUGAUGGUCUAAGGUUAAUGUUUUCAUCAGCUCAGUUGCAGCAUAGAGGAACCUACAGGAUCACCGUGAGCAAUCCUGCGGCUAAUGUCACUGCAACUACUAAUUUUGAUGUGUUUGUUCCUGCUAAACUCCAAUACACAGCUGGUAUGAGUAUUGUGAAGGAAAGACGACAGAACGUGUCCUUCAACUGCUCUGCUGAUGGAAUACCAAUGCCUACCAUCGUAUGGAGGAAAGAUGGCCAAUUUCUUAUUCAAAAUAAUAAACGAAGCAUAACAGAACAAGGCUCUACUGGUUUUCGCUCUAACGCCAUACCGGGAGUAUUACAGAUUAAUAGUAUGCUUACUAUUACGGGACUCACUGGCUCUGAUAAUGGUAGCUACUCCUGUAGAGCUGACAAUGAAGCUAACAUAGGGAGUGUAUUGAUAGAGCCUUUCAUACUCUCUGUUGUGGAACCUCCUCCUCCUGAUAAUUGUCUCAGUUCCCCUUGUGUUAAUGGUGACUGCCACAGUUUGUUUGAUGGAUAUUAUUGUGCUUGUCCUGAAACACAUACUGGGAUAAACUGUGAAGAAGUUGUUCUAGUUACUGUUCCACCAGUUAUCACUGAGCCACCUCAGACAACAACUAGCAAGUUGUACUCCUCAACUAGUCUGACCUGUAGAGCUACAGGUUCCCCCACUCCAACCAUCCUCUGGUAUAAGGACAAUAGGCUGGUCCCUAAUACAAAUCCUGAUCCUUCUGUCCUGCUAUUUGAUGAGCUCCUAUUAAGUGAUAGAGGUUUCUAUCAUUGUGUAGCUGUCAAUGUCAUUGAUGGGAAGAAUGUAUCAGUUAGUUCAUCCACAAUAUUACUCAAUAUAACGAAUGUGGUCCAAUAUGAAGCUGAGAUGGUCCUACCAGACAAUUUCUAUGACAAUCUAAAUGGCACUGAAUCAGAAGAUGCCAUUAGGCAAUUGAUCAUAGACAGUAACAAUUACCUCUCAGGGAGCAAUAUCAGUGAUACCUCAUUCUUCUUCAUUCAAAUACUCGACAUUGAUGAGGACAAUCCUGAGCCUGGUAGUAUACCAGUGGUGGUUACAUUAGUAACUGAGAGAGGACAAGGUGAUCAGACGCUAUUGACUGGUGUCAGAGGUCAGCUGGACUCACUGAGGCAGCAGCUAAGAGUUGAGAUAUCUGUAGCAGCUGUCAGUAGAUUUGAUGGUUGUCUAUCAAACUCCACUAUCAUCCCCUCUCCAUCUGGUGACCCUAGUCUCAGCCUAACAGUCAACUGGCCUGAGACUAACAUUGGCGUAUUAUCAGUUGUCGAUUGUCCCUGUGGGUCUAAUGGUACUUCAGGUGGUGGUUCAUUAAAAGCCACUCGAUACUGUGGAGGGGAUUUCACUGAUGGAGCAAUGUGGCUGGGACCUGAUGUGAAGAGAUGUAAUUUCAGUGACUUAGCCAGGAGGAUAUGUCGUCUCUCAGAUUUACCUGUAAACGAUAAAGUUGAAGAGCUUGAGACACUAACCAGUAACAGCAGCAUGUUAGGAUCAACUGAAAUAGCUGCUAGCGUUAGCGUAUUGGUAACUGCCACUGAAGAACUGGCUGGAAAUUUAACAUUAACGAUGACAUUCCUUGAAGUUGUUGAUAAUAUUAUUGAUGUCGAUCAAGACAUUUUACAGGAAAGUCAAGAAUCAUCUAAUACUUCUGCAAGGAUACUGGAGGCCAUAGACAGUGUGGUCGAUAACAUUCCAAUUGCUAAUGCUUCGGAACCUGUCAUUAUAGCACAAAAAUCAUUUGCCGUUUCAGUCCAAGAAGUCGAUCCCGAGGCAUUUAGCAGAUCGGGUCAGACUUUUAGUGUUAACAUUGCUGAUUUCACUCAGAGAAAUAUCAGCUCUGGUGAUCUCUCGUUUGAAAGUAACACAGUCUCUCCACCUACUGGAACCAUUCAACUACCUAAUAAUCUAUUCUCUUCGCUUCCUGAGAAUAUCAGUAGAAUAUCUCACGCUGUUUUUGUGACUGACUCACUCUUUCUGAGACGUAGUUUCAGCUAUCAAAGGGUCAGUAGUGUCAUCAUAUCAGCAAGUGUUGUUGGAGCUGGAACUAUUAGAAAUUUGAGGCCUCCUGUUAAUCUUGGGUUUCAACUUAAUCCAAAUGUGAAUGGAUCAAUCCCACAGUGCACAUUCUGGAAUCAGUCGCUAGAUGAUGGUUAUGGUGACUGGUCUAGUGAUGGCUGUAACACUUCGUCGGGUUCUACUGAUUCACAAGUCACCUGUAACUGUGACCACUUGACAAAUUUUGCUAUAUUACUGGAUGUAUCUCCUCCUGAGGAACCUACUGAAAGAACAGCAUUGACACUAUUCCUUGACUCUGUGUCUUACAUUGGGAUCAUAAUCUCUAUCAUUUGUCUCAUUAUCACUAUCAUCUCUUAUCUUCUUAGCAAGAAGCUAAGGUCAUCUGAUCACGGUCAACUGCUCCUCAAUCUUUGCUUUGCUUUGAUGGGUCUCUAUCUAUCAUUCAUCGUUGCUUUACAUAGUAAAAACACAAAUGGCUUUUGUGCCUUCUCUGGUGCUGUCCUUCAAUAUUUCUUUCUUGUUACUUUUGCUAUCAUGGCAGCUGAGGCCAUCAACCUGUACAUUAAUCUUGUGAUAGUUCUAGGACGUAAAAUACAGUCCUUCGCACUCAAAGUGACGAUAGUCUCCUGGGUCGCUCCAGUUUUUAUUGUUCUUUUAUGCUUUUCUCCCGACUACAGGAAUUACAUCAGUAGCCCUCCAAACUUCUGUCGCGCUUUCAAAGCCCCAUUCUACAUUGGUGUGGUUGUUCCCUUUAGCAUCAUAUACAUAUUCAAUUGGAUCGUUUUCGUCAUCAUCAUUGUCUCUCUGCUCCGUAAGAACUUUUCGUCGAAACUGAAGGAACUCAAAAAGGCCAAGAAAGACAAAUCGAAGUCUUUCUUCAAACAGCAACUGAUCAUAGCCAUCACACUAUCCAUUCUCUUCGGGCUAGGCUGGGGACUUGGGCUGCUAGUAACUCAAGAGAUUUACUCUAAUAAAACCGUACGUGAUCUUUUUGCUGCUCUCUUCGUCCUCCUGACUGCAUUCCAUGGUUUCUUUAUCUUCAUAAUGCAUUGCUUGCGCUCUAAAGAUGUUCGGAAGGUCUGGAAAAAAGCCUUCUUUGGUGUCACUGGGAGAGAUUUUACUGAAUUCUCUUCGUCAACAUUUAAUCGUGUCCGUGGCAAAUCCUCAGGCGGUGCCAGCACUGCCACAAGGUCUCCUCAUCGUAAGGUUUCAACUGAGAAGAGCCCGAGUUUUUCGUUUUCUGAUGGGAAGAGUUUUUUCAAGAGAGGAGUGACACUGCAGGAGUAUUCUAAGAAGAAAGAGGCAGAGGAUGAAGAAAUAAAAGAAAUAGAAGAGACAGGAGUGAUGGCAGUAGAGAAUGACUAUGUUGCAGUAGAUAAUAAUGCCUAUGCUGCUAUUGAAGACACUGAUUUUGACUUUGAGAAAGAUGGCCAGGGAACUUUAAAGUUUUACACAAAAAAGGACCAAGACCACGAAGCCCAAUUUGAGUCCCUUAAUGAUGGAAAGGAUUCUAAAAAGGCGAAAAAGGAAGAUGGCCCACCAUCAAAAGAAGGAACCGAGCUUGAGCUUCGUAUCAAUGUCUCCAGUGAAGUAAAGGAAGAAGAACCCAAAGUGGCUACUGCUGUUAAAUCCUUCCCAGAUGAUGAUGAAGAUGAGAAGGGAAAGCUGAGAGAGGAAGAGGAGAGAGCAUAUGAUGCCUACCACAGUAAGCAUGAGAGCAAUGCUUAGGAUUGAUGAACUUUAUUAUCAUUUAUAUUUGUGUGAACUUAUGUACGCACUCAAUGCAUACCUUGAGCUUUUAUUAUAUUUUUAAGAAAUUAUGACGAUUUUUGUAUUUUGUCUUUUUUGUGAAGAAUAUUUUUAGUAUGAGAACUAAUGUA